AUGGUGUUGGGAUUGAUAAAUAAGAUCCAACAAUAUCUCAAUGCGAGGUAUAUUGGACCUCCAGAAGCUGCUUGGCGAAUAUUUGGUUAUCCAUUGCAUGCAGAGAUACCAACAGUUGUACGCUUAGCACUUCAUUUACCUGGAAUGCACCGCCUUCUUUUUAAUCUUGAUGAAUCAUUAGAAAAUGAGGCACAACAGGCAGAUGCAAAAAUUAUUAUUGAUCGCCUCAACAAUGAUCAACGAACGGCUUAUGAUGCAAUCACUUCCUCAGUCUUUGAAAAUAAAGGAACUAUUUUCUUUUUGAAUGGAGGUGCCGGAAUAAGGAAAACAUUUUUGUACAAUGCGAUUGCAUUGAAGUGUCGCAGCCUUGGCCAUAUUGUUAUUACUGUGGCUUCAUCUGGAAUUGCAUCAUUUUUAUUGAUAGGAGGUCGUACUGCUCAUUCAACAUUUUCCAUUCCGUUGGAUGAAUUGGAAAAUUCAAUUUGUGGAUUUAGCAAGCAAUCAUUACAAGCAGAAUUGUUUAGAGAAACAAAACUUAUAAUUUGGGAUGAAGUUCCUAUGCAGCAUAGACAUUGUGUUGAGGCAGUUGAUCGCACAUUUCGGGACACUUGUGAUAGUGAAAAGCCAUUUGGGGGUAUCACUGUUGUUCUUGGUGGAGAUUUUUGA